AUAAUUCCCAACUCGAUCCUAAUUGCCAUCAUAAAAACGCCAGCGAAGACAAAGCAUCACGCGAUACGAAGACCGAAAUCUCCAUUACUGAAGACAAUCACAGAUAUUCAAACUCAGCCGUAACAAUGGCGGAAGGAAGUGGGAUCGACCGCAAGGCGGAGGAGCGGAUGGAAUUUACAACUUCCAAGGAGGUCACGGUCCAUCCGACUUUCGAGUCGAUGGCUCUGAAGGAGAGCCUUCUCCGUGGCAUCUACGCCUACGGAUAUGAGUCGCCGUCGGCGGUCCAGUCGCGCGCUAUCGUUCAGGUCUGCAAGGGUCGCGAUACCAUCGCCCAGGCGCAGUCCGGAACGGGAAAGACAGCCACAUUUUCCAUCAGCAUGCUCCAGGUUAUCGACACGGCCGUGCGUGAGACCCAAGCACUCGUCCUAUCGCCCACUCGCGAGCUGGCAACACAGAUUCAGAGCGUCGUCAUGGCCCUGGGCGACUACAUGAACGUGCAGUGCCACGCUUGCAUCGGCGGCACCAACGUUGGCGAGGAUAUCCGCAAACUCGACUAUGGACAGCACAUCGUCUCGGGUACACCAGGUCGCGUGGCUGACAUGAUCCGCCGCCGCCAUCUCCGCACCCGUCAUAUCAAGAUGCUCGUUCUGGACGAGGCCGAUGAGCUGUUGAACCAAGGGUUCCGUGAGCAGAUUUACGACGUCUACCGAUACCUUCCACCCGCGACCCAGGUUGUGGUUGUUUCGGCUACCCUUCCCUAUGAUGUGCUGGACAUGACAACCAAAUUCAUGACCGACCCUGUCAGGAUUCUCGUCAAGCGUGACGAACUGACGCUGGAGGGUUUGAAGCAGUACUUCAUUGCCAUUGAGAAGGAGGACUGGAAAUUCGACACGCUGUGCGACCUUUACGAUACACUCACCAUCACACAAGCCGUCAUUUUCUGCAACACGAGGCGCAAGGUUGAUUGGCUUACGGACAAGAUGCGCGAGGCCAACUUCACGGUCAGCAGCAUGCAUGGAGACAUGCCUCAAAAGGAGCGUGACAGCAUUAUGCAGGAUUUCAGGCAAGGAAACAGCCGAGUGUUGAUCUCUACCGAUGUUUGGGCCCGUGGUAUCGACGUCCAGCAGGUCAGUUUGGUUAUCAAUUACGACCUGCCCAGCAAUCGUGAAAACUACAUUCACCGUAUCGGCCGUUCGGGAAGGUUUGGUCGCAAGGGUGUUGCCAUCAACUUCGUUACUAGCGAAGACGUGCGAAUCCUCAGAGACAUCGAGUUGUAUUACUCGACCCAAAUCGACGAGAUGCCGAUGAACGUGGCUGAUCUGAUCGCAUAAGCUCCGGAGGCUCACUCUGGGGUGUCCCAUGCUUCACGACGAUCAUAAAUUUCAGCUAGAAUGCAGCUCUUACUGAGUCGGACGAACCAGUCCCAACAAGCGCCCAGUGUAACGACACUUCGCGCACUAAGAAUCGUGGGAGGAAAAGGGAAUGUUGACUAGGUUGUUCCACCUUCAUCAGCAAACGAAACUAUAUUUUGAGUGGCAUAGCAGCAUUAUUCUGAAGUCUUGGCCUCUCCGUGAAUCGGACAGUAACCACAGCCUCUCCCCGCACCGGACAUCGCAGAGACUCAUGAUGAUAAUCUGAAUCGUAACGAACGCGCGUGGCGUCUCCACUGAUCUUCAUUAAUUGGGCAAGGAUCCGUCAGAAUAAGGUCCUUCGAUGGUGAACAAACUUUCCGUUCGCAUUGUGGGUAUGCUUUGUGUGCGUAUGUAUAUACGGACUUCAGGAAUAUUGAACCCCAUUUGUCACGAACUGGCCACCCUACUCCGAACAAGAUGGUUAGCCACGACAUGUGAUGACUGUGCACUGCUGGUCAGGCCCGCCGGAAGUGGCGGGAUCGUUUGCUGAUGCAAUUCCUAAGCAUAUUUAGUAACCCUUUUACGUGAUAAAGCCUAGCACAACCAGCCAGACUGUCAAAUAUAGUUGACAUUGUCAACCAAGGGACGUAUAACAGAAAGCGAACAGUUCGGCUUCCGACUCGGAAGGAGGCCUGUUAGUGGUGACACUACUUCUGGGGUGUAGCACCUUCAAGUAAGUGAGGUCUGUUGAUGCCCAACUAUGUGUUCUUCAGUUCUUUUGUAGAUCCUCA